CGGAGGCAGUUUAUGAAAAAUACUAAGCAGAACUAAGCAUCAACCAGGUGAAUGUACGACAACAAUGAGCGACACAUCAUUCCAAUUAGCGUCUGUUUGGGUGCGUUGUUAAGGGAUUUACACCAACGCAACAAUACUUGAAACAUUUUGGACAGAGAAUAAAAAUAUUCGACUCCGCAUCAUCUAUUUCCGAAUUGAAAAUGGUUUUCUAUAAUCGAGUGAUGGUUCGGACACGAAAGGAUGGUUCUUGAUCCAAUUCAUAUUGACUUGUAAGACUUUAAGAAGCUUUUUCCUACUAACAAGUUGUUGAUUUAGGCUUACGUUACCUAAUUCACCUCGGCGAUGACCUCUGUGAGUUCCACUGUUACAACCGGUCGGCGAAGGACUUCUAGUUCCUCUGAUGUGAUGGCGUCGAUGACAGCUGCGAGAGCUGCAGCGACAUAUUUCGACAAAAUAGAACGUUACGAGUUGCAAGAGACGCUUGCUUAUACUUCAAGCGACUGGCUGCUUUCGACUGAAGACACGAGGAUUUCUGUUGAACCGCCACGCGGACUGAUCGCCGGGAUUCAAAUCCCGAGUGAUUUCAACAACUGUUUGAUUCUUAUUCCUGAAGAAGAGGGCAUCGAACCGUUGGAAUUGCGAGAAAUGCAUCAGAUCGUACGUGAACUGGUCACGGGAAUUUACAUUUUGAAUCAAACGCCGUCGAUUACUUUGGAAGCGAAUUACGAUUGCAGCACAUCAUGUCAAAUUCCACCAGCUUACUAUGACACGCGAAUCGGCCAGAUAUUGACAGACGUAGAUUAUAUGAUGAAGAGUCUUUGGCACGGGGCAUACUUCCCAAAAGAUAAAAGAACUAAAUUUGCUGAGCGAUGGAGGCAGGCUGUGAAUCUAAAUACAACAACUGGAGAGCCAGAAACACGAAGAAGCUUGCAACUAGUGUGGACAGAGGCUGGUAUUUUAGAUUUGGCUAUAGAUCCUGAACUGACUGAAGCAUACAAUUCAAUCCCUGAUGAAAACAAAGAUGACCUAGAUGCUACUGAAGAGAAGAAACAUUUUAUGAAGCAUGUGGAUGAAUUAGCGCUCAAACUGACCUUAUUUCAAAACACUGUCACUCAACAUCAAAACAUAUUUUUGACAGAUGCCAAUUAUCACAUUUCAAGCAUUGUUAAGUCAGAUAAAAUUGAUCUUCAAAGUUACGAAAAGCUGCAGAGAAGGCUUGGAGUUCAUCAAGAGUUCAUCAGGAACACCCUGCUUCUCAAACCAGACAUAAAACGACAGCUAUGUCUGCUUAAAUUUAUUAGUUUCAUGGUGCCAUUUUUGAUUGCAAUCAAAAAACGUUGCAAGGUUCCAGAUGUUAACAAACUUCUUCCACCAUUUACUUUUGAAGAGUGCAAAACUGAGCGUGAAUUUCCACCUCUGAUCUUGAGACCUGAAUUCAAGUGUAAACACUUUGAUCAUUCAGAGAAAUACUUUCAUUUGCAUGGUGGAAUUUCCUUUGUCCGUGAAACCCCACCUGCUCAGAAAAUCUCUGCUGCAAUUGUUGCAGAGCAAGAAAAUCUGGAAUAUGUUGCAUCUGAUGCUUAUAACAAAAUAAUGAGCUCAGACACAGUCAUGUUGGAAAGCUACCCAAUGGCAGCAAUUGAAAUUGAUGGUAAAAGUUAUUUUGUGCUGAACAUUCACCUGGAGACCUUUUACCCUGUAUCACCAAAGCAUCCAUUGUGGAUACAUGCACAUUAUGAUGAAAUUGUAAAAUUGAAACCUAAAAGGCUUCCUGUGCAUGAGCUCCAGAUUCAUGAGCAAUUCAAAAAAAGAUAUGGCUAUCAAAGAACUGUGAAACUCAAACAGAUCCCUGCUGGGUUGCAAGCAAGUGCUCAUAGAGGGCUGGUCUCGAUAUUUCAUACCAUGACUCGUAGAUUGCCACCAUCACGUCUGACAACUCAAGACUCUUCUGGUCUGUCCCUCAUUCAUCAUGCAGCCAUGUUCAACAGACCACAGAUUAUUACCAUGCUGGUAGUAAUGGGUUUUGAUGUAAAUGUGCGUCGCUACAAUAACAUUUCUUCACAAGGUGUAAGUCCGCUGCAUCUGGCAGCCAGAUGCGGCGCUUUAGACAGCCUUGUAUGCCUAGUGACAUACAAAGCUGACGUGAUGAUGUUUGACAGCCAGGGAUGGGUGUCUGUUCACUAUGCUGCCUUUUUCAAUCAUGUUGACUGCCUUCUGCAUCUAAUUCGCCAUGAACCCAAACUACUAGAACUCAAGUCCAACGAUGACUUAGAGUCCACUCCAAUUCUUUUAGCUGCAUCCAGUGGGGCAUUAGAUGCUGUGAAAUGCCUGAUUGAGCAGGGAGCACAGUAUACCUCUAUAGACAAGGAAGGAAAUGGAGCUGUUCAUCUUGCUGCUCUUCACUUUCACACCAACACACUGAAAUAUUUUAUCAGUUGGAACAAUGAUGACAUCCCUGUGUGGGACCUCCUUGUUGGUAUGUUGAAGUCUGAUGACAUCAAGAGGAAGCAUAGUGCCGUUAAAUGCCUGGAGGUCCUGUCUCUUGCAGCAGAAAACAACUGGAAAUUCAUCCUGAUGGCAGAAGGUGUUCCAGCCCUUGUUGAUCUUCUUCGACUUGAUAAUGUGGAGCUACAAUCUCUUGCUGGGUCUGUUUUGUGCAACAUUGGAAGUCACAAUGAGGUCAGGGUAGAAGUGUCUAAAGCCAAUGCAAUUCCUGUUGUCGUCAGUCUUUUGGCAUCACCUGUUCCCAUGAUCCACUCUCGUGCUGCUGUCAUCCUUGGAGACUUAGCUUGCCUUGAUGUCAACCAAGGAAAGAUCUCGGAGGAAGGUGGAAUACAAUCACUUGUUGUGCUCCUGGACUCUAAACUUGAACAUGUGUUGGUGAAUUGUGUCAAUGCACUCAGGGUCUUGUGUGAUGGUAGCUAUGACAACCAGACAGCUGUAGCCCAGAGUGGAGCUGUGGACACCCUAACAGAACUUCUAAGUGCAAAGUCAAAGAACCUUCAAGCAAACACUGCAGCAUGCCUGAGUGCUCUGACUAAGGACCAUCGGGAAAACCAAGAUCUGGUCGUAGCCAAAGGAGCUGUUAAGCCACUAGUGUCUUUAGCAAAGAGUACCAAGACACUUUGCCAAGUGAAGGCUGCAAGUGCCUUAGAAUCACUUGCUACCAGUAAUCCAGAGGCACAAAAAGAGAUUGAUGCAGCAGAUGCCCAGAGACCUCUCAUUAGACUCUUGAAAAUGUGGGCCAUUGAGGUCAAAGAACAAGGUGCCAGUGCUCUGUGGGCUUUAGCAGGCGUCACUCGGCAUCAGCAGCAGCGUAUUGCCAGCAUGAUUGGUAUUAACAUUCUAGUUGAUAUGCUCAUGCUGAAGUCUGAGACUCUACAGUUUAUUGCUGGCAUGGCCAUUAUUGCAUUAACCACAGAGAACAUUGAAAAUCAGAACAAGAUUGUGACUGGAGGAGGAAUACAACCUCUUGUGAGGCUCUUGAGGUCUCAGAAGACUUCUGAAAAGGUUCUGUUGAUGGUGAUCCGCGUGCUGGGUAUCCUGUGUGUUGGCGUGGCUCAUCAAUCUAACAAAUCCACUCAGCUUGAAAUUACAAACGCUGAAGCUCUUGUUACUCUUGUGCAUCUCCUGCGUACCUCAAAAAAGGCGCUCAUUCAGGUUGAGGUGGCUAUAACGUUGGGAAAAGUCGUUCUGAAUAAUCUGCAAACCCAGAAGCUUCUGGCAGAACAGACGAAGUUUCGCGUCGUUGAGCUCCUUCACCAUCUCUCUAACAAAGAAGAAACAGUUCGCCUCAAGGCUGGCAUGGCGCUCGCAACUUUCGCGUACAACAACACUUCACAGCAGUACGCCAUUAAAAACGCCGGGGGAAUCUCGCUGACGGCUUUUGAGGAAUUCUUGGGGUCUGGGAACGAACUUUACCAGGCCCACGCGGCUUUUCAGAUCAUAGUCCUGGCACGUGUGAUUGACAGUGAUCAGGUGAACCUGACAGCACGAGGUGUGGAAUUACUAGUGCACCUGCUCAGUUCUGAUCAACAGAGUACACAGAUACUUGCCGCCAGUUUGACAGCCAGCCUAGGUCACACUCGUGCUGGUGUUCCUGCGGCACUUAUCACAGCCGGUUCAGUGGAGGCACUCCUCACCAAUCUUUCCUCACCAAACGAAGAAGUCCGCAGCAGUGCGGCGGUUGCCCUAGGGUACCUGUCGUUCGACCGCACGGCUUCCCGUCUGAUGCUGCAGGCGUGUCGUAAUACUCCAGGUCUGCUGGAGUCGCUGGUGGAUAACCUUGGUAACGGAAAGGUAUCUAUGGAGUUUAUGGACGAGUGGAGGCAGACCAAGAUGGUUGGACUGCCUUCGGCCAGUUUGGAGAUUCACGGAGGGCCCCCGGUACCACAGAGAUUACCACCUGAAGAACGAAAACGUAGACCUCGCACAACUCAAAGCAUGGGUUCUUUCCGACGUCUUCACCAGCAAGACAUGAAAAGAGUGGCCUCGGCACCAGUGGUUGUAAACAGCUAUCGCAAUCAAGUAAAGGCUGGCAUUGUCAAAGCCAUGUUGCCUCGCUCUGAUUCGUCGCACAUGAGAAGCGCUUUUGGAGCAGCAGAGAUGUGGCGAUCCAAAUUACUAACAUCUAGGCCUUCGCUUGAAAAAGGAUUAUCCAGUAAGAAUUCUUGACCACAUACGGAACUUAAAUGACAAUUGGAUGACAGGAAGAAUUGCUGCUGUGGCCGCCAUUAUCGCAGUUGUCAGACAGUGCGUGUGCACAAGACAUAGAGUCGUUGUCAUGGACUUUUCAAAGUACAACUUUCCCGUUUUCGUAAAUUCUUUUAGACAGAAAUUUUGCCUGGGGUGUAUGAAGAAAAUUUGUUCCAAAAGCUGAUAUUUAGAGCCCCCCUUCCCCCACCUCAAAGCUAAUUUUAAGUCUUUUUCAUCACGCACGAGUUAAAUUGCUAGCUCAAAGAUUGAAUGUUAAAGUCAAGAUAAAUUUAUCUUAUUAGUAUCUCGCCAAAUACAAUCUAAGCCGAUUGUCAUCACAAAUGUCCUUUGUCUGCCAAUGUCAUGCUCUACCCACCUUACCCUUGCUUCCAAAAUCCAAGGCAGCAACUAACCAUUUCACAAAACGCUUGCGCGCGCGAAAAACGUACACGCUGGGAGGCUACUACAAGCUUUCACGGACCUUCCAGGGUUCGUGAUUGACGUGACAACUGUUCAUAAACUCUUGCUUACGUCGAAGUAUAUCGCUGACUUUUUUAUAUUUUACUCAACAUUGCUUAUGCCUUGCCGUAUUUUUAUUUACUGGUCCGAAACCUGGUACAUAGGGUCAUUCUUCUUUACGCACUCUGUGGAGUAGGAAAAAGAAAGAGAGAGAGAGAGAGAGAGAAAGAAAGAAAGAAAGAAAAAACAAAGACCACGGUCGAGCUUUCCCGUACCUAUGCUUGGCAAUUGGUCAACCGAGCAACAGAUAGCCUGGGAACGAGGUUGGGAAUUUAAGCGUUGAACGUUGACAAUAGUAUAUCAUAAAUGAUGCAAUGACUUUAUUGAGCUGAAUCUUCAUAAAACGUUUUUCUCAACAAAACUGACCAAUGAAAACCCUAAAUUUCAAAUGUCCUCCUAAAUUUGCAGUCAGUGGUGAUCAAAUUUUGAAUGAACCUCCAUUGUUCGUCGAGUAUUCUUACAAUUAAAUUUGUUUUCCUUGUGAACAUUUGUUGCUGUCAAAUGAGACAAACUUGAUGUCUCGUCGCUAAAACGCGACAGUGAACAACGUUACUCUAGUUUAUAGAUCCCUCAUGGAUCAAAUACGCUCAAGGUAAACAUCUCCACAACUGACUUGCAGCAUACACUUCCGCUUUUACUACUUUUCGGAGGCGCCGUACUUGUUAAUUAACUGCCCCUGAUAACUAUUUAGCUUCUGUCUUAAAUAAACACAACUAUUCCUUU